GGCGGUGUUUGCUCGCUCCCUGCGGAAGUGGCCCUGGGCCCGAACCCAAUCCCGGUCCCAAUCCCGAUCCCGAUCCCGAUCCCGAUCCCGGAUCCGAUCCCGAUCCCGAUCCCGGUCCCGGUCCCGGUCCCGUCCCCGGCGGCUCCGACUGGCAGCAGGCACCGCCGGGGCCGAGAUGGAGCCACACGCCUGAGCCAGGCGGGGACAAGCCAUGGAGACGGUCGUCAUCGUGGCCAUCGGGGUGCUGGCCACCAUCUUCCUGGCGUCCUUCGUGGCGCUGGUGGUGGUGUGCCGGCAGCGCUACUGCCACCCCAAAGACCUGCUGCACCCCUAUGACACCAAGCCCAUCGUGGACCUCAUCGGGGCGAUGGAGACGCAGUCGGAGCCCUCGGAGCUGGAGCUGGACGACGUGGUCAUCACCAACCCACACAUCGAGGCCAUCCUGGAGAACGAGGACUGGAUCGAGGACGCCUCGGGCCUGGUCUCGCACUGCAUCGCCAUCCUGAAGAUCUGCCACACGCUGACGGAGAAGCUGGUGGCCAUGACCAUGGGCUCGGGUGCCCGCGUCAAGUCGCCCUCCAGCCUGGGCGACAUCAUCGUGGUGGCCAAACGCAUCAGCCCCAGGGUGGACGACGUGGUGAGAUCCAUGUACCCGCCGCUGGACCCCAAGCUGCUGGAUGCCAGGGCCGCGGCGCUGCUGCUGUCUGUCAGCCACCUGGUGCUGGUGACGCGCAGCGCCUGCCACCAGCCCGGUGCCCGCGACUGGGUGGACCGCUCGCUGGCGGCCGCGGAGGAGCACAUGGCCGCGCUGCGCCAGGCCGCCAUGGCCACCGAGCCCCCCCCGGCCCCCGACCCCUUCCGGCAGGAGCAGUCGGCCAUCUGAGCCCGCGGCGCCAAUAAACCCCGUGACACCGCGACACCGUGA